AUGAUGCGCAAAAGGGCACGCAAUGGAUAUGAUGGUGACAGGGAAAAUAGAAGUGCAUUGAAUAAGAAAGCGAAGAGGCACCCAGCUCUAACGCAGGACAGUUAUGAUUUGUGGAAGAAUCUGGAUAGGAUACGAAAGCUACAUAAAAAUUCAGAUAAAGUGCUGAAGAGGAGUGUAGUGCUGAUACCGUUAAGCUGUGAGACAAAUAACACCAUAGUGCAAUGCAUUCAACAUUUAUUGAGAUAUGUGGAUCAAGAAAGACUGCAUUUCAAAACGGUAAGUGGCCAAUUGUAUACACAUGUUGUCAUAUUAAGAAAUUUUAGUGUUUUGGAUUUCUGUCUCGUUGUCCCAGUUCUACUAUCAGCAGUGAAAAGGUUGAACAGUAAAACUUCAGAUUAUUUCAAGUUCGACAGUCAUAUAUUCUGCAAUGGUACUUUCUUUGUACCAGAUAAUACAGUGAUAUCUAUUGACAGAACUACUCUACAAUUAAAGGAGACGGCACUGAGACUGAUACCCGGAUUUAAGGAACUAAAUUGUACACCGACUGAAUCUAAUAAUAUACAGGAUAUGAUAAAUACACUGGCAAACUUUAUAUCUAAAGUGAAAUUUGGAAAGAACAAGGAUGACAUAUAUGCAACAUUUAAGAGAGAGUUGGCUUUGUUUUCAAAAAGAACAAGAUUUGGACUAGGUGAGGUGUCGAUGUUAGAGAAGGGAAUGCUAAUUGAUUCCCAGGCUGUAAUAGAUAAAAAUCUACCACUUGUACAGAACACUAAGGCAAAGCUUCAAACUUAUGUACAAACACUACUAGAUGAAAACGAGGAUAAGAUAACCACCGAAGUUCAGACAACAGCAGCCAAGAGUUCUGAUGCCAUCAGUAGUACCAACGGAAAUAAUAACGUAGCCUCAAAACCCAUCCAAUCAAGGUUUCAAAACAACCAAUCACACAAUGUACCAUCAAGCAGAUAUAGCCAUCAAGCUACUAGCACUGCAAUCAGAAAACCAUACACCGCAAAGGAGGCAAGUCCCUUACCAACACAAUCUAGAGCAUCGCCUGGAAGACCCAGAUUCAUGACAAUUGAAGAGAUCAGAGGUAGAUGUAUUGCCACUGUGAGAGCGUCAAUAGAUUCUGUGAAGAAAAUAUCUGCAUACCAAAUAGUAAAAGUGUAUGUUAAGUUUCCAAAAAAGGACUCGGACACAUUGUUCAGUAACCUUGACGAGUUAAGAAACAAGUCUAACUGUAACAUCGUUGUACUGCAUUAUAACAAUGAGCAUGAAUCGAAGCAAUGGCUUGAUGGCCUAGACUUGACAAGAUACAUAAGGGGCCAAGAUGAACCUAAUGCAAGCACUGUGAGGAUACUCAGCAUCGGGGGUGUAGCAGAAUAUAUCGUCACUGCUCUGGAAGGUAUUUUGGCACUAUUGCAAGAGCAAACGUAA